AUGGCGUCGAAAAGGAUACUGAAGGAGCUUAAGGACUUGCAGAGGGACCCUCCGACGUCUUGCAGUGCCGGUCCUGUGGCUGAAGAUAUGUUCCAUUGGCAAGCCACAAUUAUGGGGCCUACUGAUAGCCCAUAUUCUGGAGGUGUAUUUUUAGUUUCCAUUCAUUUCCCUCCGGAUUAUCCUUUCAAGCCACCAAAGGUUGCUUUUAGGACGAAGGUGUUCCACCCCAACAUCAACAGCAACGGAAGCAUUUGCCUUGAUAUUCUAAAAGAACAAUGGAGUCCAGCAUUGACUAUAUCUAAGGUUCUGCUUUCUAUCUGCUCAUUGCUGACGGACCCAAAUCCCGAUGAUCCACUGGUGCCAGAAAUAGCUCAUAUGUACAAGACGGACAAGGCCAAGUACGAGUCUACUGCCCGCAGCUGGACUCAGAAGUACGCAAUGGGUUGA